AUGUCUUUUACUAUUCACGGGCACGAAGCUGGCGUGUUAAUCGUGGCGACAUUAGCAAAGCUGUGCAUCGCUAUGUCCUUUGCCUCCGCCUACGUUUACGCAUCCGAAGUGUAUCCAACCUCAAUCAUCAACGCUGCGGUUGGUUUCUGCGUCACUUGUGGACGUCUUGGAGGAACAGUAGCUCCGGCGUUACUCGCAUUUAAAUUAUCAGAUGAUGAUAACGCUUACUUAGAAGAUAAUUGA